AGAACGGUGAAAGCCUCGACGGAACGCAGUAUGGUGGAAAAAUUCCAGCCGUGAGUGAGCUACUUUUAGAGCUGAUGGUGCGGAUAACCGCACAACCGGAUCAGUGGGAGAAAGUUCAUAAAUUAUUACGUAACAUCGACGAUGAUCUAGUCACAUCAAGAGAUGUUAUCAGAAGGUUGGAAGCGGCAACCAACACACUGAAAAAAAUCGAAGAAAACUUGAAUCAUGAUAAAAAGAACUUAUCUUCAAUGAAAAGCAAAGGGCGCAUAAAAGAAAAUAAAAAGCCCACAAGAAAUUAUUCACAUGACAAUGGGAAACACAGAGCCAUACAAACAAAUUUUUCAGACGUAGUAGAGGAAAAGGAGUGGCCUAGCAGUAGUAAUAGUAGUGUACAGUUUGUAAAUAUUAGUAAAGUCAGUAGUGAUAAAAAUAACGAAAAUCAGUCACAGAUGGAUAGUAAGCCUGUGAAAUCGACAUAUCAGAAGAACUUUGCAUAUCACAGAGUAACAGGUAUUCCAAUGAGCUUAAACAGGCCCCCUAAAGCGUACAUGGCAGUAUCUGUACCUGAUCCCCAACCUCAAGUACCUUUGUCUUCCUCACAUACAUCCAAUGAGGAAGACGCCAUCUUGGAAAAUGAACUGCAUCAACUGAAACCGUGGAAACCGAAACAUGAAGUAGAAAAUAACGGGGAAUUAAAUUGACCUUACCGAGAAAAAUCUGCUCAAUAAAGAGGAAGAGGACAGAGUCGUGUAGUUGACAGUGAUGCGCUAACCUUUUUGUAUCAUAAAUUACAGACUACACGGUCUGGAGAUGGAAACGAAUAUUGGUAGCAGUAGAAGAAUUGAUAAAGCUCAGGAAGGCUUCGUUGGCCUAAGGCCAAGGAUACAAAGAUAGAAUUAUUCAUAAAAUAUUUUACAAAGCAACAAAUAUGGAUUCUAUUUCCCAUUCUUCUUUGUGAGAAAUAUCAUUAUACAUUCAAUCUACUUUUCCUGGAAAAUGGAAAUCUCCUACCACAGAUUCCGUGAGAACCCACAUGCCUAGGUGCGACUCAAGCCAAUAAUCCAUAUCAAAUGAUGAUCUUAUGUAUUAAUUUUUGAUUUAUAACGCUGAAUCAAUCAUAUAAGUUAGGUUCAUCCGUUUCCGAUGGUAUGGUCGAGUUGUACCAAAGAGCCGGUCAUUUCAGCUUAUGAAAGACCAGAUCAGGAUUGACCUGGCAUAUCAAUAACGGCACCUGCUAGGAAAAAUCUAGGCUAUUUAUGUAUGGCUAAGAAAUACGUUUCUCCACAUGUCAUCCUCACUCUGUAGGAGGCCCAGGUAAGACCUAGCCUCGAGUAAUCUUCACAUGUUUGGGGGGCUGCUACCCGACUAUAUUAUUCAUGCUCGACGCGGUUCAAAGGAUGGCUAUCCGACUGAUCGAUUACUCUUCUCUAACGAACAUUCUCGUGACCCUUUGGCACCGGCGGGCCACCGCGCGAUGUGCCCGCCAGACAGAACCGCCUGACUUCGACCUGACAUCCUAACCGUGUCGAACUAUGUACAUCCAGAACUGACCGAUAUGAUCGUUCCUUUGUCCCUACGGUGUUGAGAUUAUGGGACAAUUUAUAUGAAGGUUUUCCCAGUUCAGCUAACUUGGGCAGUUUAAAAGUCGGAUUAACAAAGUUUCUUUAACCUUCUCAUAGCAGCCGCGGUGCUCUAUCAUUUGGGCUUCUGAGAGAAAGAAAUUAUAUUCUUGAGGUCCCUUUAGAGGGGCUCUCUCUUUCCUAUCUGCC